CAAGAGUCGAUCGCGCGCCUCUUCCUCCGACCAAUCACGUGAGCGUUCGAUUUUCGAAAAAUUUAAAAAGUUUGUGUAACUUUUUAAAGUGUUUCGUUGGGUUGUUUUUGAACUGUGUCAGUGUUGUGUAUUUGAGUGAACUAUUUUGGAGUAUCAAUAGUGUUGUUACAUUUUGGAUUUUUUCUCUGAGUUGAACGCCAAACGUUUUGGAUUUUCGAUACCUCUAAACCAGAGCCUUCGAAAAUGAGUUCAUGACCCUAUGCUGUUUGUCAAGGUCAAUCCGAAAACGCAGAUCCUUUUACGCAUGAGGAGUCGUGAUGGAGGCGUCGUCAUCAGACUACAGCGACGAGGAGGUGGGGGUGAUCGCGCGCGGACAGAAGUUGUGGGUGCGGGGUGUGCGUGCGCAUACCACGUGCGCGGACAUCGUGCGCGCGCUGCAUGACGCGCCUGAAGCUGGCGGUGCGAGCGACCACAGCGAAUGGGUGUUGGCAGAGCGGUGGCGCGGCGUGGAGCGACCUCUACCUCCAGACGUGCCAGUGUUACACGUGCUGGCUGCCUGGGGGGACGCUAGACACGAGGUCCGUCUAGCCCUCCGAAGAGUGUCAAGCGGCGGCGAAGACGACUCUGGCCGAGAUAGUGACGCGGGCAGCCGAAGCGGGCGACGGCGGCGCGAGCGCAGGCCUGGCACGCCACCCCCGCGUGGCGACCCCGCUGCCAGGCUCGUGUCCGUCAUACAGCACCAGAGCCGGACUAUACAUCAGCAGCUUGACAAGCUCAGAGAACAAGAAAAACUGAUCGAUCAGUUGGAAGACCAAACACACAAAAGUCGGAUGGAGAAGCAUGGAACUAACUACCUUCUGGAGUCCUACCUUCGAGACCUGGGGCGGAACUGUGAUGUCAACGACAGUCAAGCCGGGAACAGCGACAGCGGCGUAGGAGUCGGCUCAGGAACCCCCCCGCGACGACACACCAAACACAAAUCCAGAAGAGAAAGACACCUCAUGAGGGAACACUACUUCACUAAAGAAUUGACAGAUAUAUGCCAAGUAAACUCUGAAAGACUGAAGCAAACGCAUACCACCGACACGGAUUCUGAUGUGUCAUCUGACGAGUUGACCAGGAUACGAGAAGAAGUCGAGCUUUUGGAGAAGCUGGCCAUCAUAAACAAGCGACUGCACAGAGAAGAGGAGCUAGUCGUUCGUUUGACGGCGAAAGUCAAACGAUAUAUGGACGAAAACAAAGCGAACAGUUGCGAGAACGUCUCCCAAGUAAGAAUGCUGAUCGACAAAAUCGAAGAAGAGUUAGCUGGAAGCGCUAAAGAGAUGCAAGUCAAUAAUAACGAACUAGCGAAUGUCGACAGGGAAAUCCAGGACAGAAUGAAGCUCCUCGACGAAUUGACCUUAGAAUUAGAAGAGGAGGAUUUGCAGAAUACGAUUCUAGAGAGGCAACUGAACGAAGCGUCAAGCAGACAACCAAUAUUGUUGCAAGACAGUUACGUACCUGUUCUGGACGAAGACACGAUACAAGAUACGGUUCAAACCUUCAGUUACGGUGGGCCAGGAUAUGUGUUGGACACUCUGGUAUGACCAAUAACAUCCCUAAGUCAACUAGAAUGUAAGAGCUGCUAAUAU